AUGCGGGCAGUGGGGAUCCCGAGAGUGAGGAUGUGGGAAGAGGAGCCUGCCCCCAGCCGCAGGCCGAGCCCCUGCCCCGCCGCCCGGACGGGAGCUGCGGGAGGAGUGGGAUCUCGCCGCCUGCUGGAAGGAACAGCGCCGGGUCCCAGCAGCUGGUGGCGGCCGCCCGCACCGGGCUCUGUCGUUCGCCGGCUGUGGGUUCCUGGUCACCUACCACAUCGGGGUGGUGCAGUGCCUGCUGGAAACACUCCCCGGGUGCUGGCUGCUGCUCCCAGAGUAUAUGGGGCUUCUGCUGGCUCUCUCAUCGCUGCUGCUGUUAUCUGUGCGGUCAGCCUCGAUAAUUUCUAUCGGAGCCUCAAGCGAGCGGCUAGACUGUCUAGGAGAUGGUUCCUCGGACCGGUCCACCCUUUAAUGAACCUGCUGCAGAUUGUACGCAAGGAUUUGAUGGAGAAUCUUCCCAAGAAUGCCCGUGAGCUUGCCUGUGGGAGGCUUUUCAUCUCCCUGACCCGGGUAUCCGAUGGACAGAAUGUCCUGGUCUCUGACUUCACUUCGAAUGAGGAACUUGUCCAGGCUUUGCUGUGUAGCUGUUUUGUUCCUGUUUACUGUGGCUUGAUCCCCCCAACUUUCCGUGGUGUGCGAUAUGUUGAUGGAGGAUUUACCAACAUGCAGCCUUUAGGAGAUGCGAGGAACACUAUAACCAUUUCACCGUUCUCAGGAGAGAUGGAUAUUUGUCCCAGGAACGCUGCUGACUGCUUCCUCAUCUGGUUCGGGAAGUGUAGCUUCGUGUUAUCCCCUGAGAAUCUGCAUUGCGUUUCCUCCGCUCUCUUCCCACCUCGAUCGAAGACUCUGCAGAGGUUUCUCUGGAAUGGCUAUCGUGAUGCUCUGCACUACCUGCUGCAGAAUGGUGUUACCAUCAUUGGACUCCUCCACUACCAACAUGGCGGCUUUCAUAGACCAGCAACUCAGCUAAACUUACCAUAUAAAUACAGUGGCUACCUGAGGAGUCUAGGAAUUCUGUGGCGAGUAAAUCACCUCAUAUCUCCCCAAAGACUAUCUAUCGUCUACAAGGCACAAAAGUGUGAUGGAAUACUCCCCAUUUUCCUGGAUGAAUCCAACAACGCUCAAGAAGCUUGACGCCAUCCAGGACAAAGUAGCCCACUUGAUUGCUACAAUAUUUACAAACAUUCACCACCAGCACUCAGUGGCAGCAGUGCCCCAUUUUACAGGAAAUCCAACAAGCCUCCACAAACAGCACCUUCCAUAACUAGGACCACUUCCAUCUGGAAUGACAAUGGGACUACACCACCUGUAAGUUCCCCUCCAAGCCACUCAUCGUCCUGACUUUGGAACUAUUUCGCUGUUCCUAAAUUGUCGCUGGGUCAAAAUCCUGGAAUUCCCUCCCUGUUGGCAUCGUGGGUGUCCUCACACCGCACGGACUGCAGCAGCUCACGAACUGGCAGCUCAUUCCCAUCUUCUCCAGGGCAGCUAAGGAUAGAUGAUAUUAAAUGCUGGACUAACCAGGGACCCUGGCAUCCCAUGAACAGAAAAAAUUAAAGCACAUGUUGAGCGAGACAUGAACUCGGUGUGUGAUCUCCCAUUGCCCACAGCUGCCGUUUAGAGCUGGGACACCAGAGGUGUUGUAUGGGAGGGAGCUCGUGGGUUUGGACUGAGUGGGCAUCUGCCCGAGUAUAUCAAGUGACUAUGUUAUAAUCUGUCAAGUAACUA